AUGGGGACUGAGAGCAGCGCGUUAGACGGCUUGCAGAUUGAGAUGCGCGACAUAACAACGAGGCAGCAGUGGAUGGAGGCAUAUCAGUACGAGAUCCCAGUCAUGAUGCGAGUGACGGUGGACCAAUCAGGGAACACUGUAGAGACCCUCAUUCCGCGCCAGUCACCCCGGGCAUCAGUGGAGCGAGUGAGGAAGGCACUAGAGGCCGCAUUCUCAAGUUCAACCUAA